AUGAGAAGUGUUAGUAUUACAAGAACCUCGGUUCGUUUUGUCUCGGAUAAGGCAUCUCGUUUUGUCCCUAAGUCUGGAGUGUAUCCGCAAGGCUUUUCAGUGGGAGGAAUCCACUGUGGAAUCAAAAAAGAUGGUAAAUCACUCGAUUUGGCCUUGUUGAGAAACGACUUUGGAAAAGAUGCCUCUGCUGCUGCUGUUUUUACCACCAAUAAGUUCAAGGCUGCUCCUGUUCAAGUUUCGUCUAAGUUGAUUAAAGAGAAGAAGGGUGUUGGUAUCAACUCGAUCAUUAUCAACUCUGGUAACGCCAACGCUGUCACUGGUGCCCAGGGGAUGAAGGAUGCCGAGGAUAUGAUCUUAGUGACAGACUCGGUACUUGAAAAUCCAGUCAACUCCACCUUGGUCAUGUCUACUGGUGUCAUAGGUAACAACUUGCCUAUCGACAACAUCUUGUCUGGUAUUCCCAAGUUGGCUCUCAACAAUUUGGGUAGCACCCACGAGCACUGGCUCACUUGUGCAACUGCCAUUUGUACUACAGAUACCUUCCCCAAGUUGGUUUCCAAGCAGUUUGAAUUGAAUGGACACACCUACACUUUGGCUGGGUUGGCUAAAGGUGCUGGUAUGAUCUGCCCCAACAUGGCUACCUUGUUAGGAUUCUUUGUAACUGAUGCUCCUGUCACGCCUUCGGCUUUAGGCCAAAUCUUGAAGUACUCUGUGGAAAGAUCGUUCAAUAGUAUUUCUGUGGAUGGUGAUACUUCCACCAACGACACUAUUAUAGCUAUUGCGAAUGGUGCUGCUGGAGGGCCAGUAAUCGACAACAACUCUAGCACUGCCGAAAGUUUCGCCGUUGUUCAGAAGGAAAUCACCGGCUUCGCUCAGCAAUUAGCUCAGUUGGUAGUAAGAGAUGGCGAGGGCGCAACCAAAUUCAUAAACAUCCAUGUUAAAGAUGCAUUGUCCUACAAGGAUGCUAAGAUCGUGGCAUCUUCUGUUGCCAAUUCAUCUCUUUUCAAGACUGCCAUGUUUGGUCAAGAUGCCAACUGGGGUCGUAUUUUGUGUGCUAUUGGCUACUCAAAAGUUUCUACUGCUGACUCGAUUGUUCCAACAAAAACCAGUGUUUCGUUUGUUCCAACCGAUGGCUCUGAGGAAUUGAAGUUGUUGAUCAACGGUGAACCAGAAGUUGUGGACGAAGAACGUGCUUCAGAAAUCUUGAAAAGUGAAGAUUUGGACAUCGUCAUUGACUUGGGCACUGGAGGUGGACAACUGGCCAAUUUCUGGACUUGUGACUUGACUCACGAGUAUGUUACAAUUAACGGUGACUACAGAUCCUAA